ACUCAUACGCCGCAGGGGAGCGGAAGAGCCGGUUAACGAGCAACCGCCGCCUCCAACUCAACUUAUUACGCGCCGCUGUUGGAGGAGUAUAAACAAACCCACGCCUCCACGUCCCAUCCAUCUCCAUCCCGUCCAUCGCCACUCCUAGCUAGCUGGACUGGAUCGAUCCCUACCCGCCGCAACCUUCCAUUCAGUUCUCUAAUUUCUUGGCCGACCGAUCGAUCCUACGGCGGGCGGGCGGAGCGGGGCGGCAUGGAUCAUCAGGACCACCUGGGCCCCACCCCGAGCGCGGGCGCCGGCGGCGGGUCCGGCGUCCGCUGGCAGCCGCACGGGCGGCUGCUGACGGCGUGCCUGGUCGCGCUCAACGUGUUCCUCGUCCUCCUCGUCUACGCCUACUUCUGGCGCUUCUUCUCCCGCGCGCGCGGCGGCGGCAGCGGCGUUGACGGCGAGGCGGCGUCCUCCUCCUCCUCCGCGGCCUCGUCGCUGCCGGCGUCGCCCAAGGCCCGGGACCGGCGGGAGGUGGAGCGCGCCAUCACCGCGCUGCCCGUCUUCGUCGCGCGCUCGUCCUCCUCCUCCUCCGGCGGCGGCGGCGCGGCGUCGGCGGAGUGCUCGAUCUGCAUCGCGGAGCUGGCCGACGGCGAGGAGGGCCGCCUGCUGCCGCGGUGCGGGCACCGGUUCCACGCGCGCUGCGUCGACGCGUGGUUUCGCUUCCACACCACCUGCCCGCUCUGCCGCGCCACCGUCCUCGCCGCAGACGACGACCCGGGGGCGGCGGAGCCUGCUGCCACGACGACGGGCCAGCCGUCGCGUCCUGCGCACGGUACGGAUCUGAGUACGGACGCGGUUUCGGAUUCUCCGGUGUGACAACCUAACCGGCCGCCGGCGAUCAGUUUUUUAGCAGGCUAUCCGUGGAUUGGCCAGGCUGCUGAUGCAAGCAGCACAUUGAUCACUUGUUGCUUGCUUUAAUUUGCCUUAUACGCGGGAGAUUCGCCCUUUUCUUUUGAGACAUUUCGUUUCUUAUUUUCUUACCUCUGUAGUCUGUACUCCUACUAGCUGGCAUUUUCACAGUGUGAGCUAAUAUCUAGCGCUUUAGGUGUAGAUUCAUAGAAGCACUGAAGCAGUACAAUUUGCUUGGCCGGUAUUGGCUAUAUAUGCAAGUAUUGGUGAGGUUACAAUAGAGGUCGUCGAUCGAACAUUCCAACUUUUUGUAGUCGAUUCACGGCCUGGUGAGGUACUGAGAUCGAUCGGAAUUCAUUCA